AUCAUUGUUUCACAUGCGCAUGCUUCAUUACGAAAAGAAGAUUCUAAAUUUUUAGGUUAUGUUUCUUUAUUUGUGUGAAAUUUUAGAAAGAAAAAAAUGAUUUCUAAAAGAAUUAUAAAUAGUUAUUUGAAGCAACAAAAGAUAUGUAACAUUCGUUAUCGUAGUACUCAAAUUAAUCUUGAAAAGUUAGAAAAAGAAUCCAAUUUAAGUACCAGUGAUUACAUAAGUGAAGAAGCAAAAUUGCGUGAAGAAAAAAUUGAACAAAGUAGAAAUAAAUCUCGUCUUAGAGAGCAAGACAGAAAUAUAUUAUUAAAUAAAAAUCCUUACCCUGAGCCUAAGUUCUUUCACCAUGGUAGCCUGAAAUAUCUUAGAAGAACUUAUGGACGAUAUGGUGAAGCUUCUGGAAUUAAUCCUUCUUUAUGUUGGCCUAUAAAAGAAGAAUUAGAUGAUGCAAAAGAAUAUGAGAAACUUAAAUAUCCAUCUACAAUACCAGACAUGAUUAUGCAAGCAAAGAAAUUGAGAAAAGCUAAAGAGGAAAAUGUUGCAGCCAGACAACAAGAAAUUGUUAAAAAGAUGGAAAAGUUAGAAUAUUGGAAACAAGACUUGUUUGAUAGAAUUGCCAAAAAAGAAGCGGAAGCAAAAAGUGCUAAGGAAAGGAAAGAAAGACUCGUUGAAGAAGUUAAAAGACACUUUGGAUAUGCUGUUGAUCCAAAAGAUGACAAAUUUAAGGAAAUGUUGGAAAAGAAAGAAAAAGAACAGAAAAAAGCAAUGAAAGCAGAGAAAAGGAAACAAAAAGAAGCAAAGAUGAUGAACCAGGUUUUGAAAACUUAUGAAACUGAUAAAAGUGUUUUAGUAGAUGACAAAGAAACUACAAAUGUUGAAAAAAUUGUACCAGAGAAAGAAUAGAUACACAAAUAUCUUUUUGUAACUAUAUUAGAAUAAAAUAUUGGUUACUUCCAAAA